CACCUUGUUGACACAGGCUAGAAAACCAGUUAACCCAUCUCUGAUGCACACAGUUCUUCAUUCUGCGAUACUAUGAAGUGAGGACAUACUGAGACCAUCCAGGAGGACUUGUAUGACUUUUGCCCUACAAUGUGAUGGAUCCUCCUGAAAGGCGAAAUGGAACAAUCCAGAGACAAAACGCAAGUGACACUGACUUCCCCAUGCCUCUGAGAGAGGAUCUUCACGGAACACACAUUUACGAGUACAUUGAGGUCUUUCCUGAAAAUGAUGAAACACAUUUGUAUGAGUGCACCUUGUCUGGGCUCCUAUCCCCAACUGAACCACAACCACAACCCCAAGGCCAUCUCUGGGCUCAAGGCAGAGGAGGUACAGGGAAUACUGACCACCAAGGCACAAAUGGGCCUCUUCCAGUCCGUGCCCCUCCCCCUCCACCCAGAACCAGGCUUCCAAGUGCAUGUUUGCCAGGUAAAUCAGGCCGUAAAGCCCCCCCUGUUCCCCCCAGAACACGAGUACCCCUCUGCAACAGCAAAAAGCAGUUUUCCUCUGGCCUCACUGAGCCUGCUCACAAACUGAACCGUUCCAGGACAGAAAUAGACAAUCAUGAGCCAUGGACCGUGAAUCUAAUAGACACUCCACAAGGCAGCACCAAGAGGCUCGCUUCUUUUUGUGACGCAACUUCCAGGCUGAUGUCGCAGCACAAACACACAGACAGUGUUCAUAACUCAGGUGUGGUAUGGGGUCGAUUGUUACAAAUUCACCCUGCGCUGCUGCAGCAGGUGGAGGUGACUGUCAGUGUGGCCACUGAGUGGGAGAAUCAGCAGGUCCCCUUCCCCACCCCCGUGAACAGGACAGUGAAGAGUCUGAUUGAUCAAAUCUUCCAGCUGCUGGAUCUCCCUCCCAGAACAAGUGGCCAUUAUCUUCUAAAACUUUGCGACUCUGAAGAAUACCUCCGAAAUGAUGAACUGCUGGGUAUGCAUGAGACUAUUCAGAUCUACAACAAGUUUCAAGUAGUAGUCCCCCUCCGACUGCUCCAUGUCGACAACCUCAAAUAUCGUCUGGCCAGGGAUGGCGCAGACGACAGGACCCCGUGCCUAGUGUACAAGUUCCUGCGUCCUGCCUGUGUCUUCGACACCUGCAAGUUGAGCCUGCAGGAUGUGCUCAGUAGUUUGAACAGAGAGGUGACAGAGGUUAUGAAAAGUAAGUCUGGGAUGAACGUUAAAGUGCUUGUGGAUCAUGUUCGCACCGUCAGCAGUCUACUGUGUGGGUUCUCAUGUCAGGAGUUGGAGGACGCCAUCAGUCGCCUCAACAGACUCAACCCCAUGCCUUUGAGUCAUGAGGAAAUAUUUGAGUGUGAAAGUGCGAUAAUCAUGCUCCAUGGGGCGCUGCUCAAAGUGCUGCAGAUCUUUUUUGACAACUUCCAGUCAGACUUCAGAGGUCAGGAGGUAACAUGCAACCCGCAAACACAUGACGUUGAGGAAAACACUGAAAUCUGCCAAUUCAACGUUGCUGCCCUCUACAAUCUGCAACUCAGCUGGCUGACCGUUUAUGAGUAUUUCUCUGUUUCCUGUGAGUUGACGUACGGAGGAACGAGGCUCUGCGACACGGGUGUUUCUGAAAAUAUCAGCACCGCGCUGUCAUAUGGAAACAAGAUCCAGUGUAACCGCAUGAUGGUCUUCCCGGUUCCAGUGAAAGAGCUGCCAUAUGAGAGCAUGUUGACAUUUCACCUCAAAGGCUCUAAGAAAGGAAAGAGCCCAGAGCUUUUAGGCUGGGCCGUACUACCUCUUUACAGCAACCGCACUCUUGUAGCAGGGACCGUCCUGCUCAGUCUGUCCACACUGGCGGUGUCGCCUGCUCCUCCCUCCCCUGCCCUGUUUGACAGCCACACACAACCCAUUGGAGUCAUAAUGCAGCUUGAGUUUCAAAAUGAGUAUAAGUGGACGUACCAGAGGCCCAUCGCACUCACCGGUUCAGUCGUAUUCUCUCAGGCUUGUGAGGAAUUGCAAAAGAAAAUGCUGGACGUCUCUAAGAAGCACUGCAUCUGCUUUCUAACAGAAAAUGAGAAGACUUUCCUCUGGGAGAAGCGUCACUGUGGUGACAAAGGAUGUACUUUCCUCCACCUGAUGCUGGGUGGAGUCCAACUGUGGCAACCUGAAUACUUGACAGAAAUCUAUACAGUCGUAGAGAACUGGCUCAUGUAUCUGCCGGAGGAGGCCCUCUUCCUGCUGAGUGACAGUUUUCAUGAUCAGACUGUGCGGCGUGCUGCAGUUCAAUUCUUUGAACAGAUCCCAGAUGAAGACCUGGAGGUGUAUCUGCCACAGCUGGUCCAGGCUCUGAAGAGUGAGUGGGAGCUGGAUGGACCUCUGGUGAUGCUGCUGUUGGAGAGAUCAAUGAGGAACAUAAGAUUAGCCCAGCAACUCUUCUGGCUGCUGGAGGAUGCCCACAGCGACCCCUAUUACCAGAGUUGGUACAGUAAGAUUAAGGCUGUUCUGCGACACUGUUGUGGCCGGACACUGAGGCAGGAGCUUGAGCAUGAAACCCGACUGGUGUCCGUGCUUGUACAGGUGGCUGAGAAUGUCCGCACCGCCGACAAGGCUCGACGUAAGAAUGUGUUGAACAAAGAAAAGCAGAAGAUCGAUGACUUCUUCAAAGAUGGGAUCAGCUGCUGUCUCCCACUGGAUCCUGCAGUCCGUGUUAAGGCAGUGGCCUUGGAUGCUUGUAAGUUCUACAACUCUAAUGCUGCUCCUCUGGGGAUCACGUUCAUCAGUACUGACCCUCUGUCUAAGAACGUCAGUGUCAUCUGCAAGACAGGAGAUAACCUGCGUCAGGACAUGCUGGUACUUCAGAUAGUCCGUGUGAUGGACAGGGUGUGGCUGCAGGAGGGGCUGGACCUCCGAAUGGUCACCUACAGGUGUCUUUCUACAGGCAAAGCUCAGGGUCUGGUGGAAGUGGUUCCAGAGGCAGUGACCCUGGGGAAGAUUCAGCAGGAGUGGGGUCUGGGUGGGACCCUUCGUGAGGACACACUGGAGAAAUGGUUCCAUAUGUGGAAUAAAACUAAGGAGGACUAUGAGAAGGCUGUGAUGAACUUCAUCCACUCGUGCGCAGGGUGGUGCGUGGCCACGUUCAUCCUGGGGAUCUGUGACCGCCACAACGACAACAUCAUGUUGAAACACAGUGGACACAUGUUCCACAUUGACUUUGGCAAAAUUAUGGGCAAUGCACAGAAGUUUGGAAACUUUAAAAGGGACCGGUCACCAUUCAUCUUUACAUCUGAGAUGCAGCACUUCAUCACAGGUGGGGGGCAGAAGCCUCAGUGGUUGCAUCGCUUUGUGGAGCUCUGCUGUGAAGCUUACAACAUAAUCAGGGGGCGCUCUGCACUGAUACUCAGCUUAUUGGAGCUGAUGCUGCACGCAGGUAUGCCAGAACUGAAGGACUCUAAUGACCUGCAGUAUGUUCAGAACAACCUCAGACCUCAUGACACUGACCUGGAGGCCACAUCGUACUUUACAAAGAAGAUCAAAGAGAGCAUGGGCUGUGUUGCAGUGAAGUUUAACUUCCUGACACACAGCAUGGCUCAAGGGAAGAAACAAGAAUCAAGAGCCAGGGAGGGCAUCCCUAGUCCCAGCAACAACAUCCAAGAAGCUGUUAUCCAGGGAUACACCGUCAAGGGAAAAGAUGUGAUCUAUGCCCUGAGAGUAACCAUUCACGAUGGUUAUCUGACCAGUGAGAAGACAUUCGGGCAGUUUGAGCUGAUCCAUAAGCAGCUGCAGAAAUACUUCAUUGAAUCCAUGCUGCCUCAGUUUCCUAGCUGGUAUAAGAUGUCAUUCACUCCAGCCAGGAAGAUGUCUCUGCUGAAUAAAUACCUAAAACAGCUUUUUGAGGGACCAUGCAAGGGAAAUGAAUAUGUCUGCAGCUUGUUCCUGGAUGGCCCCAGCAUAGUCCAAGAAGGUGUGGCGACAGGAGCCCGUCCUCAGAUCCAGCUGUACAUUUCUUACGCUAACUCUAAGCUCUCGGUCUUGGUAAAACACCUGAAGAACGUUAAGCAGGCAAACGGCUCUAACCCUGACGCCUAUGUGGUCACGCGUCUGAGACCGGACCCUCACCAGCGCUCCAAGAGGAAGACAAAGGUGGUCCGCAAUAAUGACAACCCCACUUUCAAUGAACUGCUGGAGUAUAAUUCUGUCUCACUGCUCUAUGGGAUGGUGCUGGAAGUGACAGUGAAGAGCAAGAAGACUUUUGUGGCUGCAACCAACAUUAAACUGGAUGACAAGCUGCUUGACACGGAAACAUGGUUUCCCCUGGGGAACUGUGCAAUCUGACAUCAGAGCGCUGCACUGUACGCCUGCUGCCAGCAGGGGGUGCAGCCGCACUGAGGGAGAGGAGAGAAUCCAUUCAGAGAUUUUUUUUCAGACUGUUAAAGGGAGACAAACUCACCUGAGAGGAGGAACUCUGCACUGACAUUUUUACCUAUUUAUCAGAUGCAACCUAACCUCAGUCCAGAGCUGAAUACACUGGCAGUGGAUGGGGUGUUUGGAUAAAGUUACAAAGCUGAGUAAAAAAUACUCAGGGAAAGAGACUGUUUACUGUGUGAAGCAUCAUUCACCUCUUCCAUUUAUUUUUAAAUGUUAAUCAUAUGACAUUUGCUAACUAAGUUUGAUUUUAUGGAUGUACCUUCGGUGAUGGAUAAAGGAGAGAAACUAUUACUUUUAUUAUCAUAUUUGCACUUUCAUUUCUACUUAAACUUUGUUUUCGUCACUGUGAGUGAAAACUGUUGUUGUAAAUGUGUGUGGUCGAGACUGUCAAUGUGACAGAGUAAGGGGGAGGUGAUGCAGUGCUGUUAGGAGCUGCCUGCUUGUUACCUGCCCAGACUGAAUGUGUUUGUCCCUUUGGGCUGUGUCAACUGUGUCCUUGACCAGUGGAAUUGGAGGUGGGAGGCAGGAGGGUGAGGAAGGGAGGAGAGGGGCUAGGAGAGUGUGUGAGCAGGAUGACAACACUGCCUCUCUGGCCUCAGGGGCUGAGUUAACACCCACCCCCAACCCCAUCUUUGUCUUAUCCGUCAGUGGCAUUCAAACACAGUUAUACACAUGCAUGCACAAAACCCGCAAAGGCAGACACUCAGAUGCCCACAAAAACACCCCUGAAAAAGAACCUACACACACACACACACACACACACACACGCGCACACACACUCACUCUCUCUCUUUCAAGGCUAAGGCAGGUCUUAAUGCCGUUCUCCUCCUGACAGGCCUGCUGACCCGUACUCCCCUCAGCCUCAUUCAUAGGAUUUAGUGAUGAACGAGGAUAGAAAUAGACUCCCCUGCACUGGAUUUGGUUCAAUAAUGUAUACCUCUGUGAAUGCUAUUUAUAUUAUUCCCUGCUGGGUCUCUCACAGGGAGGUAGGCUUGGAAGAAAAUGCUGGCUGCUACUCUUUCAUAGUAAUGUUCAUGGAGUAUUAAUGUAUCCUGGCAUCGCACAACAAUUUCAGCCCCAACAUAAGAAUGACAUCAAUUGUUUUUGAACAGAUGAUUAAUCAAAAACACUAUAUUGUGGUUGGUUGUCUUAUGUGUGAUCAACUCUACCACAAUAAUUGUACAUGCAUCAAUUAUUCAUUUCAUUAUAAGAGCCAAAUAUGUCACUCCAGGGAUUCCUGCAUUACUUGUGUGAUUCUAGCAGAGAGUUAUUCUUCUCCUGUUUUCCUUUGCAGCACAGUGUGCAGGCAGUAGAGAAAGGCACAUUUAUUUUCUAACAAUAAAA